AUGACUCAAUCCCCACAAUGCAACUUGUCGACUCUGAAUCUAAGCGCCUUGGAAUUGUCAAAGCUUGCCAACUUCGACGCUGCUCUUCACGAUGCUAACAUUAUGCAACAGACCUCACCCACUUCAGCACUUGGAUAUAUACGCGCAGCCGCUAUUUACAGUGAACAAGGAAAACAGCAUGAUGCCAUCGAUGUCUGCACCAAGGGACUCAGCCUUGUGGAUACCAACGACACACACUAUGCUAUACUGCAACAAGUCAAACAUGUUGCCAUGCGACGCCAGAAUAAACGCAUUGAUUUUAUCAGCCAACUCCCCGUUGAGAUUGUUGUUACAAGGAUCAUUCCCCUUUUUAUGGAUUGUGAUUUUCUGGAUUUGAGUAUUCCGUAUGCUUACAUGCAUGUGUCCAAAGUAUGGCGUGAUCGUAUUCAUGAAUGCUUCGGUGGAUUACGUUUUAUGGUCGGCGUUGAUGAGGAUCCCAAGGGGGAUAGCUGUUCACAACUUGUCCAGUUUGCUCGUCACGCAAAGGGAUUGAUUGUUGCAUCGUAUUCUCAAGGAGCAUGGUUAAGCGAUAUACUACGUGAAAACGACUUUGGCCUGUUACGUGACCUGCACAUUAAUGGCUUUGCGAAUGUUCAUGGUAUCGGAUUUCUGUCAGCAUUAAAGUCAAUCAGCAACACCUUGACACAUCUCCAUAUCAAAAUCAGCCUUGAAGACAACAUCCUACCAACAGCUGAUAUUGUAUCUGCUUGUCCCAAUCUCAAGACACUCGACAUAGUCAAUCCAUUCGAUGCUGAUAUGAGUUCUCUCCCUAUGACAACAUGGCCCAACAUGAAGAAAUUAUCAAUCACCAAGUCAAGCAAAAGGAUCAGCAGCGAUCAGGUGGUCGAGAUAGCGAAACGGUUUCCAUCACUCAGAAGGCUUACGCUGUUGCCAUGCAACGAUACACAAUCUGCAUUGAUCUUGCCAGAAUAUUGUUCAUCCAUCACAAUGCUUCGCCUUCAGGUGAAUGAUAAAGGCGUGCAGCUCAGCUAUUCUGAUGAAGGAUAUCCAUGCGAUGAAAAAGGAAUCACGGCGCUUUCUGUUGACGGCUUUUCAUGGACUCAUUACAGUGAUCACAACAUCAUUCCUUUAUUGAAGCAUUAUCACAAAAGAUUGAUCUACCUUGAAUGGGAUAUCGUUCUUGACAUCAAAGACAACGCUAUUUACAGUAUGCAAUACCCUCGCCUUCAAAAGCUUGUUCUCAACCGAUGUGGAGGAUGGAUACCACGCAAUGCACCUGCACUUGAGGAAUUGGAGAUCACAUCCGACACAAUCUGCACAAAUGAUUUUGUACUUGAUACAAUACCACCACACCUGCAGAUACUCACGCUACGACUUAAUUGGGAAUUGAUACUUUCCACCAGUGAUGCGUCCAUUGAAGGCUAUAUCCACGGUGUCGCUCAAGAAAUACAAUUGAAGGACUUUGUUAUUCGAUUCAACUCCCUUGACGAUACGUAUGGCAUUGAGAAGGUGCUUGAUGCUAUUUGCCACUUGAAUACGCUUACACGUUUGGGAAUUGGUUUUACAUAUCCUUGGGAUGGCUACCAAAUGGAAAGGUUUCUUGACCAGCUUACCAAAGGAUGCCCUUGUUUAUCAUGCCUUGAGAUCAAAUGCCCCAAUGCACCAUCAACCCAAUCAAUGAACACCUUGAAACGACUUGGAUCCCUAAAGGAAAUGGCGUUUCCAAUCAAUGGCAUCGAUGAUGGUGGCAAGUUCUGGAAUGCGGUUCAAACGUUCUCACAGCUCAAGUGCAUUACUAUUUAUCCUGCUCGUGCAGUCAUCAAGAACGAUCUUAAGCGUCUCAAGAGGCUAAGGCCUGACAUGAGGAUUGUUGUCGACACAAUGCAUGGGUUGCUAUGA